UAUUUAUGACUAAUAAAUAACUCAGGGGGUUCCUCGCGCUGUUGCCAUUAAAGUGGUUACUCCCCUGUAACGAAAAGUUUCGUACCGUCACUCAUCCUUGAAAAUUUCGUAUGGCCACUGGCCGGCGCCCCAUUUAUUAACAAUACUGUAACAUCAUGGGAAAGAGGAAGUGUAUAAGUCCAGAAGUUGCCAAGCUUGUACAUCGGCUCCAAUCUCAGAAGGAAAGCUACACUACCAUCGGAGCUAUGUUUGGUCAUAGCAAGCGUUGGGUUUGUUACAUCAUGAAAAAUUUCGACCCCGAAUCAGGAGAACCUGCCAAUCCUCGACAAAUGGGCUGCAAGCGGAAAACGACACCGGAACAGGAUCAACAGAUUCUGGAAUUAUUCGAGAACAACAAGAACCUCACGAAGAAUGCAGCCAAAAUCGAACUGGAGAAAACCAUUGGUAAGAUUGGGUUCUCAACAAUUGCUCGUCGCUUAAGAGAAGCCCGGAAGUCACGACUGAAAGGAUCGGUUGGAACACAGAGUAACGCACCGAUUCCCGAGCCGACGCUUCCGCAGACCUCUUCCCAGGAAGGCAUAGGUGUUCCCCUGUUUCCGCAGUUCACAAUCCCAUAUCCCAGUACCCUAACCUCUUUGUUUAGCACUUUCGCCUCCCCGUUAGGUUUAGUACUGCCUGUAAGCAUUUCUCUGUCCAGUACAAAUACGGCAGAUUCAGAUGGAACAAAUGCUACAACAUGGAUGACGUCGGUGACUGCAAAGCCGGAUGAGGCGUGUCCCAUUAUCGUCAACGUGCGACCCGCCAUACCCGAAGACUGCGAUGGAAUUUGUGCUCGCAUUUACGAACUCGCCCGUAGUCUGGGAUUUCCGCGUGGACCAUCCAUUACUCCAGAGCGUCUCCGGCUGGACGCUUUCCCUGCCAGCCGGCGCGAUGCACCCGUUGUUUUCGCGCAUGUCGCGCAGGAAAUGAAGAGCAGCAAAAUUGUGGCAUAUGCACUGUAUCACUUUUUGUAUUCUUCUUGGGAGGGAAAGAGUAUGUUGUUGGAGGAUAUCUACGUCGAGCCGGGCUAUCGCCAGUCAGAUAUUGGAAAACGGCUGUUCGCUAAUGUCUGCAAGUGCACGCUGGAGAAGGGCUGUGAUGAGCUGAAGCUGAACGUAUUUCGUGAUAAAAGUGGUGGAAAAGUUUUUCAGGAAAGUGUCAAUGUGAGUGAUAAAAAAGAAGGAAACGAGAAGGAUGAGAAUGAAGGUUUGGUUCAUGGGAAGCUGGGCAAAAAGGUUCUGGAAAUGCUGGCACGCAGCGCUGAUGCAAAUGAGAUCGAGACAAAAGAAGGGCAACUUUAAUGUUGACACCCACAAAAGUAUCGCUUUCGUUGACAAUAAUUAUAACGUGAGCUUCGAUUUUAAACAUUCGGAAACAUUGUAUGUUUAUAGUGGAAGCCUGAAAUUAUUGAGCCUAGUGUGCAAAUAUAAUUUGUAAAAGUUAUAUUAAUGGGUGUUCUAAUUGUAUGCUUUGCAUGUACUGUACUCGUAAUAACGGCCAUUUAUUGCAUAGUGUACUUACUUACAAUAUGGAUAUUUGUUUACACCACUCUGGGCAUUUCUGUUUAUGCGGCGUACGUUCAAAUUGGAGAUAUUUUAAUAUUUGCCGCAUAUGUGCAGUACCUAGACUUUGUGCCCAAUUGUUGCAAAUUGCGAAUGCUUCAGUUACAAUAAAUUGAACGCUUAUUGACGCACAAAUAUUGCAAAGGCCUGACCGAAGAAUUUGGUAAUAUCGGGCUCUAAACAGUGUGUAUUCUGUACUGCGAUAAGACGAAGAUAACCAGAUGGCUCUAUUGUUGGAAGU